AAAGAAUAAGAGUGUGGUUUGAGCUGAUGUUAAAUCUGACCCCAGAUCAGGGGAUGCUCGAUAGUGAAACCCUGGUUACACCUCUUCCUUAUUAAAGUAAUGGAAACAUGCAUUUCCUCUGGGUGUAUUUGUGAUUCUCACCAUUUACAGAGUCACCGCACUCUUGUACACACACUUGUGUGCUGGCUGGGCCAAUUUCACUAAUGAACAAUCCAUGAUGUCUCAUUUUAAAUCUCUGGCUGGUGAAAGUACGUAUUCCCAAACUGCUAAGAACAAUCAAUUCGGCAGCGCCAGGAAUAAUGAGCAGAAUCCAGUGUUGAUGAUGGCGAAACUCAAACCUGUGGACAUGAAUAAAGGAGCAGGCUCCAAGCCUUUGCCUAAACCUCUCCUGGUCAAACCCAACUUCAUGGUUAACUCUAUGGAGACUAGAUUCAAUCUUUCAGUUUCUAACGACAAGGCCAAUAGUGACUCGAGAAGUGAUGCUGUUGGAGUGAAGCUGCCCAAUAGAGGGAAACAGGAGAACGCUUAUACACAAGCCCCCACUGGAGCUGGAUCCCAGAGUCCUGCAAAACCGCCUUUUAUGCAGAAACCCCUUCAUCAUGAAAACAUCUCUACAGCACCAGAAACCACUGCCAGUGAUUUGUCAGUGCCGAAAAAGAAGCCUCUUCCUGGUUUGUUUGUUUUAGGAAAGUGUCCCACCAAACCACAGAGACCUCCGCUGGUUAACCUCAACAAGUUCAGAGAGAACGUAUCCAACACCGGCGACCCUGAGAAAAAUUUCUCCUUCCCACCCCCACCGCCUCCUGAUCGGCUGUCAAUCACAUCUGUGACUCCACCCCCACCACCACCAUCAGACUUCACAUUUCCACCUGCUCCCCCUCCGAUGGAUGAGGAGGGUUAUUAUGAUGAUACGGAUGUCAUGAGCCGGACGGAGACUUCACUAGGUAAAAGCAGCAAUGACCCUGAGGAGUCAGACGAAGAAAUGUACGAGGAUCUUGAUCACAACUGGCCAGAAGACAACAAAGAACUGAAAGAAGAAAAGACGACAAAAGAAUCAAAAGAACUAAAGAAAAAGCUGGAAAAAGAAGAAAAGAAACGCUCUGAGCAGGAGAAGAAAGAGAAGAAAGAGAGAGAGAAAAAGGAGCAGGAGGCCAGGAAAAAGUUUAAAAUCAAGGGUCCCAUAUUGGUGCUUGAAACGGUGAAGGCCAUUGUGGAUCACAAGGGAGGAAAGAACAAACUUCCACUGAAGCAGGGAGAGAGCAUUGAAAUAGUGCGCAAAACAGAAAAUCCAAAGGACUAUUGGCUCGCCAGAAACACUGAAGGCCACUAUGGUUUUGUGAAGCCUGACACUCUAGAUAUUGUGAGAAGCACACCGGAUGGACAGGAGGUGUAUGAUGAUGUGGGCGCCGAUGAUGACGUCAAUUUUCUACCAGAUGCAGCUGAAUGUGAUGCUGAUAUUUAUGAUUGUCCAGAUGAUCCGCAAGCUGAUUUCAGCUUUCCACCUCCACCUCCUCCAGACCCCACUGCAUUUAAUGACAUGUGUUCCACUGAUGAGACAUAUGAUGACAUUAUUCCAGCAGACUUCCCUCCUCCUCCUUCAUCUCCUAAAAGCUUACGAAAGUUCAGCUCAACAAGUAAGACAGACGAGAUGGACCCGAAGAAAAAGAAAAAGUUUGAGAAGGAGGAGAAAGAGUUUAGGAAGAAGUUUAAAUAUAAUGCAGAAAUCAAAGUGCUGUAUCAAGCUACUGUUCUCCAGUCCCUGUCUAUAAAGAAGUUUGGUAAUAAAGACUUGCCAGUCAAACCUGGAGAAAUCAUUGAUGUGAUAGUUCAUCCAGUAGAUGAGAAAAUCAUCGCCCGGAACAGCGAAGGAAAAUUUGGCUAUGUGUCGACUGCUAAUUUGGAGCAGGACGGCUGUAUUUAUGACGAUGUUGGUGAAGAGUGUGUCUACGACAAUGACUAAGCUUGGAUAAACUCAUCUCGUGUGUUUUCAUCAUCUUUUAACAUCCUUAAUUGUCAUUAAUUCUUUUGCCAAAAAAUCCCUAUGUAUUUUCAUUGUUUGAGAAUGAUCUACAGUAAAUAUUAUACAUUGUAUAUACAGUGA